AUGAACCCUGCAUUCAUCCCCACCAGGCGACCGCCUACAACUCGCCUGACUUAUACUAUCACAGCUUCCUCUGAGCAUAGUCACAGAUAUGUCCCCGAGAAUAUUUUGAUCAAUGCGCCAGAUGAUCAUUCGAGUCGAUGGAGUGGUGUACACGAGGGUUCGAACGUGAAGCAAUGGCUACUUCUGCGUCUUGAUCUACCUAGCGUCGUUGAGAGUAUCACAUUUGGGAAGGUGAAUCACCCUUGCAAUGUAAAAGAAUUCAAGAUCUACGUCGGCAUGACAGAAGCGCAUAUGACCGAAAUUCUCCAUGCGGGCCUCAAGAAUGAUGCCAUUCCAGAAACGUUUCCACUCCGGCAUAUCAACAGUGCUGGCGUUUGUUUCCCCAGCCUGUUUCUGAAGAUCGUACCACUUUCUGCUCACAGUCCCAGCUUUCAUGUGUCAAUAUGGUAUGUGGCCCUUGCCGGAAUAUCAGAUGAAACCUUUAUCCGAGAAGUGAAGGCCAAAUAUGAUGAUCAUCGCGAGACAGCCGCUUUGAGGCACAUUCUGAAACACCUUCGAAAACGUCGUUUUCUCGCACCAUUCAAGUCCAUUAUAGCGAAUUCAGGCGUCGAAGUAGAGCACCCGCUGGUCACCCAACUGUACGAUGGUCUGGUGUCGAAGGGCGACUGGCUAGAAGCAGAGAGCGUUCUCACCCGCGCAUCCUCGCAAGGACUAUUCGAUGCAUAUCUGCAUUCAACUCAGCCACAUUCGGUAUGGAGACGUAUAUACGGAUUAGAUCCAGACGGUGAUGUUCCCAGUAGGCGAGGCGGGCAUGCCAUGUGCAUCGACGAGGCCAGCGGUCUGAUAUAUAUGUUUGGCGGUUGGGAUGGUCAAAAAAGCCUUGACGACUUCUGGUCAUACUCGAUUCCUGAAGACAGAUGGAGAGUGCUCAGUCGUAGUGCUUCCAAGGACAAGGGGGGACCCGGCCCGCGCUCGUGCCAUAAACUGGUAUUCGACUCGAAAUUGGGGGUGAUUUAUCUGUUGGGCAGGUUAUCGGAGAGCGACAGCAUAACCGAGGACAAUAUGGAUUUUUAUCGAUAUCACGUCAAAGGCCCUAAUGCAGGAAGUUGGGUGUUAUUGUCAGGCGAUACAGCAUCGUCUGGUGGUCCGCCGCUCAUCUUUGACCAUCAAAUGGCCAUGGAUUCUGCCGCUCAAGUCCUUUAUGUGUGUGGAGGCCGAGUGAAUGAUAGCCGUGCUGGCGAGUCUAGAUAUUCCGGACUAUAUAGCUAUGACGUCGCGACAAACAAGUGGCGGCUACUCCAACCGACGACGAACUUGGGCGCACCUCAGCCUGCUAUAUCGCGGCGUCUAGGGCAUAUCAUGGUCUUCGAUCCGAAAGGUCGCGUACUCUACGUAUUUGCGGGAAUGGAAGAAGAAAAAUAUCUGUCGGACAUGUACGCUUAUCACUUGGAUACCAAUAUCGUCACAGAACUAUUCUCAAAUUUCACUGCCUCGGGAGGGCCGGACGCUGCUUUUGCACAGCGCGCUGUCAUCGAUCCCUCCCUACAAGAAAUAUAUUUGAACUGUGGCCUCACCCGGAGCCAACAGAGCUUCCUGCCCCGUCUGGAUUCGGAUUCUAUGAACUGGCUGUUUCGCUACGGUGACAAUCAGCGAGUUUGGUCUAAGAUUCUCCCUGAAGAGGCACGUGAGAACGCUGAGCAUACGAUCCAGCAACCGCGCGCGCGGUAUGCCCAUCAAAUGGUGUACGAUUCCCGUACGAAGACUGUCUAUCUGCACGGUGGUAACGCUGGCCGGAUGCUCGACCCUGGGAGUCCGGACGGAGGUAGAGACGGGCUGUCUGAGCACAGACUGGACGACUUUUGGAGCAUGCAGCUGAAGCGCCCACGCCCUGAAGAAAUCGCGCGACGUGCGAUACUGGAAGUCCGCUGCCAGCAAUUUCGCGAGAUGUGCAGGGACUCUCCGCCCGUAAAAGCCCUCCGGUUCCUGCAGACCGAGGUCGCUGAGGUCGUGGACCACGCCUGUCCCACAGAGAGUAACACCUUCCGCGAGCUCCUCACACACCUCCUUUCUGGUCAAAUUAACGUGCCCUCACGCAGCACAGGCGAUGCCACUGCUACGAUGGUGAUCGCCUCUUCACCUCAUACUGACUUGACGAAAGACAGUCAAGGCGAAAGCAGCGGUGUGAGUGGGGAUGAUAGGCUAUCGCAAGAAAUCUUUGAACAGCGGACGGAGGUGUUCGAGAGGCUCCUGGCGUUCUUCCCUCCGGACGCGACGGAGCCCAAGUCGGACUUGAUCGACUUGAUCGAUUGGUGCGAGGAGAGCAUUCAUGACUGAAUUCGACUCAAGCAGUACAAUUUUAAUGUCUGAUAUGACGACCGUUACGAUUUCUUCUAUAUGUAGCUUCAGUUCUUUUUUUGGUGGCAUGUAAUAUUUAAAAUGAUAUGAUGGCAAAAUUGGAUUGGGGCCC